AUGUACACUUUUGAGGUUAAAGGGGAGAUAUAAUCAACAUUUUUCAUGGAACACAAAGGGAAUGAUAUAAAGUAGAUAUUAUGUUUUCAAGAGGUUAAAAGUUACAAUUUAAGAAUUAUUACAGUGGUUAGAGAAAUCAACUCAAAAGUAGUCUUUGGUUUCUUACAUUUGAAAUACACUAACUAACACAUAGACAGUAUAAAGACAUCAAACACAGCAGAUUUACUGUAAGCUCUACUUUCAAAAGGCUUCUGAUUUUUCAGUUAUUCUUGAAAUGACCACCCUCAGCAGUUUAUCACCUGUCUGACAAUGUCAACAAAACUGAAAUGUAGAAACUUCUUAAUUGUAAAAUUUAUGGCUGCUUUUUUUGGUUACAUUAAAUCAGGAGUUUAUUAUGUUAUGUCUGGUCGGUGUAGAUCAACAUUUUCACGGUUUGUUGCGUUGAGCUCAAUCUAUAUAGGAGGUAAACGUAGCACAUCACUUUGAGGUACUUUGGUCAUGAAAUGUAUUUAUUUAAUGUAAAUGCAGUUAUAUUUUUGCUGUUGAAAGUUUCGUUUAAUCUUCCCAUUGCCUAUUAUUCUUUUAAUUUAAGCUUAAAAAGAAAAAAAAGUCGAAGAAAGUUGUCUAAAAGUGCGUCCCUCUUACUUUGUUAGCUAGCCGUGUGACGUAUUUCCGGCUAACUGUCAAACUGACGGGCUUCAUGUUGGUGGACGGGGCAGGCUUGGACCAAAAACCAACGGCCGGGCAGCUAAUUGUAACGACAAACCAAGGUAAUACUCUGAGAGAAAUAUUUACUUUAUUAUUUUAAUCAACCGCCACUCAGAUUCAUAGUUUUGUGCUCUUUUUAAACACUUUUAUAACAUUUUAAAGUUGCUGGUUUAGAUCAGUGUUUGUGGACUUCAGCGCGUUUAUGUUGUUUACUAAGUUUGUCAUUGUUUACGCUGUGGCAGGUGGAUGAAGUUAGUUUUGGCGUCAUGUAUGAAGCAGAAGUGCAGCAGUAACGGCGAAAUCACUAAAGUAAUCUGUCUUGAAGGGCCCGGAUCUUAAUUUAGCUGCUUGUCGUGUUCUAAGUGUUAUAUAUGAAUAUUCUUAGCGGGGCUUUGCAUGAAGACCCUCUGCCAUUUAUAGCAUGACAGACAUUUUUAAAGGGUUAGCUCAGUGCAGAGUUUUUGUUGUGUAACACCAUAUCAUCUGUAGACUUCACUUUAUAAAAACGAUUCUUUUCUUUUGAGUCUGUUAUUUACAGAUUUCCCCAGGUGAAUAAUAAAGUAAGCAACAAAACAAUUGUGUAACCAACAGAAGCCUUGGUCAUUGAAGGCCUCACAGCAACAAGCACAUCAAGUCCCACUCAGAGUGACAGGUGUGUGUGUGUGUAUAUGUGUCUGUGUGUGAAAGAGAGAGAGAGUGAGAGAGGGAGGCUGGGGGUGACUGCCUAGAUCAAGUGUCCUUGCCACAACCUGUCAUAAAAAUAGUCAGAGGAAGAUCAGCGUUACUCGGUGAGACAGCCCUCUGCAGAAACCAACAUCUGAAGUCUGUUUGCUGCUUAGUUUACCUUCCUUUCCUUUCACUUUUUAAAGCCCGAGUGAUUACACACAGGCUUACACAUACCAGCAGAGUAAUCCAGGGUCAGGAAUAAUCAUCAACAAUAAGCUUCAGUGCAAGAUGCAAAAAUACAGCCAUGUCCUUUUGAAACUGUUCAUAAUAAUAAUGAAAAACACAUUUGAUGCUUUUAUUUGGGACUUAUCUCAGUGAUGAGAGAAGACUCGACUGUCAUUUAACACAAACUUAUAUGUCAACUAGAGAUGUCCAUGGGCGUACUUUGCUGUGUUCAUCUUUUUUUGUGGCAAAAAAGUGCUUUAAUCUUUACUAUCUGAAUUACAGGCUGUUAGGAGAGAUGUCUUUUAUAUUUGACUGGAUCUACCGGAGCUUCAGCAGUGUGUUGCAGCUACUGGGUAAGGAACUACCUUAAAAUAAGAACGCACUACCUGACCUUAACCACAGCAGUUAAGUGUCAUUCAAAAGAAAUGAUCACCUUCUCUGCAAAGAUUUGUAGAAGAUACUUAUAACACAAGGUUUUAUAACAAUUAAUGUACACUUACAACAUAAAAGGUUGUUGUAAGUCUUGUAAAGUAUUUUUAUAUGUUUUGAUGAUACUUAUAACACAUAGAUGAUGAUUCAAUGAAUGAUUUAUUCCCAAAUUUGAUAACACAAUUGACUUAACAUCUGCUGAUUUUCUAUUUGUCUUCAGGGUUGUACAAGAAGACCGGCAAGCUAGUGUUCCUAGGUCUGGACAACGCUGGAAAGACCACGCUCCUGCACAUGCUCAGAGAUGACAGGCUAGGACAGCACGUGCCAACACUACAUCCAAGUACAUCUAAUAAUUGUAUAUUGUGAGUCCAGCAAUCAGAAUUGUGUUGUUAUCUUAAGUCACUGCUUCUCUCUUGUCCUAAUCAUCAGCAUCUGAAGAACUGACCAUAGCAGGAAUGACUUUCACGACAUUUGACCUGGGAGGUCACACACAAGGUGGGGAUAUACAAACUAUAUUUGACUUCUUGCUGCUAGAACUUGUAAAAAAACUAAAUACUUAAACUGUGUUGGUGUGUCAGCACGAAGGAUCUGGAAGAACUACCUCCCGGCCAUUAACGGUAUUGUCUACCUGGUGGAUUGUGCUGAUCAUGAGCGGCUUGCAGAGGCGAAGGUGGAGCUGGAUGUAAGUUCAUUAAAAGUGUAUUUGUACCAGCAACAAAUUGUAGAUUUUACUGAUUGUAUGUUUCACUGUUUAUGAUGAUUCCUGUCUGCAGGCCCUGUUAACAGAUGAAACAAUCUCAAAUGUCCCUGUCCUCAUCCUGGGAAAUAAGAUAGACCGCCCUGAGGCCAUCAGUGAAGAUGCACUCAGAGGAAUGUUUGGUCUUCAUGGUCACACAACCGGAAAGGUAAUGGUUAUUUGUUGAAAGUCAUUUCUUUCAUAGUACGGUGUAUGUAGGUAUUGUUUGUCUGGAUGUUUGAAUAGGAUGCAGUGAUAUUGUUGUUCAGGGAUCAGAAUUGACAAGUGUAAGAUUGGGGCAUUAUACUGUCACUUAAUGAUUCAUUAAUCUUGUUGCAUUGCUUUUGUGUCUAUGUGUAUAGUGGAAAGCUGUGGUAACAAUAACACAGCACAUUUUCCUUUCUCUGCUUUACCCAAGGACAUUUUCAGUGACUUAUAACAAAAGUGAACCUACCUAUCUGCACAAAAGAAACAUGUUUUUGUUCCUGCUGUUGCAUCGAGAUAAUUGAAAACUCUGGGUUGCUUGAUUUUCUAAUAGAAAGCUGACUUGCCAAGGGCAAGCAUAACUGUGAAUGAAAUACUGUGACAGUUGGGGGCAAUGUGCUGUUGGAAGCAGCAUUUGGCACAGUACCUGUCCAAUGCAAAUUUUCUUUAUUAGUGUAAAUCUUGUUAACCACCCGCUGUUUCUCAGCAAGAAGCAUGAGAAUGAAAGAAGGGAAAGAAAGGAGGAUAGAAAAAGGACAGUGAUUCAUGUCUGUGAGCUCCACAGAAGCUGCACUGUGCUACUGCGCUGUAAUACAGCCAACAUACAGAAUCUAACAGAAACCGCUCAUACAUUUUUAUCUACUUUGAGGGAAAAUUAAAUAUUUUGGAAGAGAAUGAAAUUGACUUCUCUGCUUUUUCUAAUGUGUAUAUUUGUUUCCCAUCAGGGUAAAGUGUCACUGAAGGAGCUGAAUUUGAGGCCGAUGGAGGUUUUCAUGUGCAGCGUGCUAAAGAGACAAGGAUAUGGAGAUGGUUUCCGCUGGCUCUCCCAGUAUAUUGACUGAGUCAUUCUUAUAUCUUAAACAAGAUUUACUGUGCUGACUGUGCACACAAAGACAAGUUCCACACAAAACUACCUGCCAUUGUGAGAUAUUUUACUACACAUGCUGUAUUUAGGAUGGAGGGUUAUUUAGUACUGCCAGUUGGAAUAUUUACCAAGUAGAGUUUUGUGUUACUAUAGCUUUAUUUCUUCAUAAGCUCAAAGGUACGUCUUUAUGAUAAUAGCAUUGAUACUGUGGAAACUCAAAGACAGAGUUAUGAAAUCAUCAGCCUUUAUUCUUUGGAUUGAGUGAUGUGUAAUCUUCCUAGGGGAGUUUCUGCAUUUACUUGAAGCCCUUUAGAGAAUUCAGUCCACCAUAUAGAACAUGUCAUCGCUGUGAACCAGUGUCUGACCCUGGUUUAUUUUUAGCUGCUGGUGUAGGCUUGCAGUGAAGGUCAGUUUGGUUCCCGUUUGGUGCAAGGAGCUCCUCUUCCUUGACUGAGGAUGAAAAAAAGCCCAGCACAGUUUUAACUUGACAUCUUUUUGAAUGAUAUCCCAAUAUUUUCAAACUUGAGGAUGUGUUACUGUAUUAUCGCUUUUUCCACAUUUCUAAGUAGUGUUUUUGGAAAGUGCUGCAGAGAUUCGGUGCCAUAUUAGAGUUAAUACAUGAGCCUGCUGCCUCCAUUUCAGACUAUCAGUUUUUCUGUUAGCAUCUUUUUAAAAUCAAUAAAUGGUUACCCAUUUCAGGGCUAGUAUACUAAAUGAAUGUGACCACAAGUGCAUUACUGGCAUUUUGCUGUGAAAGUUUUAUUUAAAGCACAAAGCAGUAUUAAAAGCAGUGUCUAGUAACUGCAUCAGCACAACCGAGUGAUGUAACAAACUUGUUCGCAGUAACGAUGCCAGGCUACCUGCUUUCUUGUUGUUGAUUGCUGUGAAAUAACUUGAGUACUUUGUGAUUAGUGGCUGCUCACAAAUGCAGUGAUAUUAUGAGAGUACUUGGGUGGUGCUUGAAGAUAUGGCACAAAAAAAAAACAUGCACAGACUAACCUUAGGACAAUGUUGUUAUUUUGUAUAUAAGCUCUUAUUUAUAUUUUGGAACAAAAAUAGGCUUCCUUUAUGUCAAGUAAUAUGCUCUGAAGUAAUGUGUCCAUUACAAAUGUUGGUCAUAUUGUUAUAACGUGUGAAGUUUGAGCAAAAUAAAUGUUUCUAAAAAUCCUUUA